AGUCUUGUAAGGUGGAGCAACUCGAGCUGUGUACCACUGAGUCGAGUCACCGUCAAGUAUUACUGAGUGUUGUCUACGUAUGCACAGCUUUUCCUAGGAUAUGUGCUUCAUUAGGCAAAUAUAUAAAUGUAAUUAAGAAGGCGUUAACUCUUAAAGACCUGCUAACAUUUUCAUAGAAUCCGGGCAACUGAAAUAGAAAAGUAAUGAUCAAAAUGCAAAUAUAGAAAUGCAGGUCAAAGCAGCGAAUGACAUGUGAUCAAGUAAUGAAGGCGGCUGUGUUAUAAGAAACAGGCAGCGCAAGUGAAGAGAAAAGAGAGUGUAUAGUGAGUGACAUUUCUGUACUCGGUGGCAGUGACGUACUACGUAAUAUCCGGGAGAGAUAAGCCAGCUCGGUGACUUUUAGUUUUUUAGUCUAGAAAACAUAACUUCGAAAGCCAUGUCUUCAGGGGGCGAUGAAACAUGCAAGAGCGGCUCCCUGCCCUCCAAGAAGUCUCCAAACACUAGCUACCGCAGGGGAUAUCACAACUCAGACAAACGGUUCCCUAUGCCUAUUAUGGAGGAGAGUCAGUUCCUUGUCAGACUGAAAAAGGAAACUCAACAAAAGUUUCAAGUAUCAGACGCUGAGGAAGAAGAGGAGGAGGACGAGAAAGAAGCAGCGGCGGGAGAGUUGGUGACUUUCUUGGUGCAGACAGACCGCGUGGUGGUGGUGAGGAGGAAGAGGUCUUGGGGAUGGAAGCUGGGCUGCAUCAGACGCUAUGGCUACUCAGAGUCCGACUUUUAUUUUGAGUCUGGUCGGAAAGCAAGAACAGGAGAAGGAGUGUUCACCUUCCUCACAGACAGUGGGGAGAGGAUUCAUUCACGACUCACCAUGAUGAAAGAAUUCUGCCAGUUUGAUCUGUACUGCCAGCGAGGCGUGAUUCCAGACCUGCUUCUGGUCAAUAACCCACCACACAGAGCUGUGAGCCUCAGAGAUAAAAGUGAGAGACAUCUCGACAAGAAAGAAAGUGGCCGACGGACUUCCACUGGCUCUCUGCCCUUCUGAAAACAUAUCCUUCCUCACUUGAGGCAAACAGUGAUAAUCCAACAAUAUUUCUUUAAAAGGCCUUGUUUAGGGAGUGACCUUUAUGGUACAGUAAACCAUGUAACUCACUUUAUGCAUGCAUGUGAGAGGCUAAAAAACUAGGGUUGUGGUGAGUGAGUCAUCUAGCACUAACCAACACUAUAAUGAAGAUGAAUAUCAUCUUGCCUAUUGUUUGCUGUCACCUGCACCUUUCAAACUUAAAUAUCAAAAAGGGUGGAUAUGAUAUGUUCUUUUUAAUGAAGAAACUGCAAAUACCUCCCAUAGCUAUCCCAUAAGACAACACUGGAUUGUCAAGCAUAAGAAACAAAACAUUUAUAAUAACAUUUAUUUACAUAUGAAAAAUAGUAAUAACUAUACUGUAUGUUAAAUGAUGUGCUUAAUUAUUCAGUCUACAAAUAAGAAAUUUCUUGAAUUAUAUGUAUAAACAUUCUGAAACAAGUGACAGGUUAUCACUUUGCAUGCUGAAAUAACCUAGUCAUUGUCUACAAUACAUACACACUAUUCAUAUUUGCAUUGUUGGCAUUGCUGGACACUUCACCUUGAUGAAGCUGAGAAGAGACACAUAGCAUAUUACAUCAUAAGCACCUAUCUGCCAACAGCAAGGAAACUAAAAAGACUCGGAAACAUAUUCUUUUCGAUGCUUCAAAUAAAUCCUUUACUGUUUAGUAGAAUAAGGCCAAGGAACUUUAAAAAACAGUAAUCAGCAAAAAUAAAUUGCACCAAUAGGUAACCCAUGACCUAAAGUACCUGAUAUGCUAAAUAUUAUGACAAUCCCACCAAUUUUUGGGCACAAGGUACAGUACUGUAGGUAUUUGUGCUAAAACUAUACACAAGCAUAUCAUCUUCCUUGAUAAUCUUUAAAAUACAAGUCUGGAUGAUAAAUUCUCAACACUCUCUAUUCACUAAAUUUGAUCUCACAACUAAAUGUUUAAAGUGGAUCCACAGUGGAUGAAAAACUCCAGUGCAUAAAAAAAAAAAAAGUUUAAUUUCGGAAACUGAUGUUCAGACUUGCUUCAUUUCCUUCUGUGGGUGAUAAAAAAAGAUAGCAAUUUUGGUAAAGCAUUGCAUCCCCAAGUCUCUCACCUUACAUAUACAACAAAAUGUGAAACCCAGCAUCUCAAUUGCACUUUUUAUGCUCAGCAGUUUAAGAAACUUAAAUGAUUCUAUUACCUUGAACCCCAUGACUUCCCUUUAAAUGGGCUGUUGUGAUUGGAAGGUUCUCAUCUAAGUCUGCUUUCCCAUUCAGCAUUCUCUUAUUCAUUCCUCAGUUUUCCUUCUAAUACUUUCAGACUCAAAAAUUUUUUGUCACAAAUCCCUUGAGCUUACUUUCCCAGUCUCAAAUUCACAUACUAAUUUCUCUUGUAAUAAUGUUCUCAUCCCUACUGUCCUCAUGUAUCCUUCAAUUUAUCCACUCUAUACUACCUUUGAUAUUAAGAUACCCUGAGCAAAAUGCUUUCUCAGAGUCUGACUCAAGUUGUCACAUUAUGACCUUGUCCCUUUCUGACACCUCCAAUGAAAUAAGAGAAUAUAGUUGCCCUUCUUUAAGGGGAAUCUCAGUUAGGUACACUACAGAUAGAGAAAAUAUUUAAAUUCCCAUAUCUUGGCAUUAUGUGUAAUAAUAAAAAAUGUUACCAAGAUAAAAAUAACUACACCAUGGUAAUACAAAAGGAUAAGGAGGGAAGGAAUCAGGGUUGGACCAGAAUAAAUUUUUGGGUGUUGCUCAAGUAUUUAAUGCAGGAAUAAAAAAAAAAUAAAAUUGAUGCACAUUACUCAUGAGAGACACAGAGGUACACCAUAUCCUGAGCUCUUCCUUAUAGUCAGCCUGCCACACACUAGGCUAUGUUUGAGUGACAGACAGUGAGACUCCACUCUGUGCAGGAAUGGUGGCAGAAAGUAUUGUAUUCUCAUCUGCAAAGUGUGCUUUUUCUUAAUACAG